AUGCUGUGCACAGUAGACAGCACAGUAGACACCACAGUGGACAGCACAAUAGACAGCACAGUAGACAUGACAGUAGACAGCACAGUAGACAGCACAGUAGACAGCACAGUGGACAGGACAUUAGACAGCACAGUAGACAGGACAAUAGACAGCACAGUAGACAGCACAGUAGACAGGACAGUAAACAGGACAGUAGACAUGACAGUAGACAGCACAGUAGACAGCAAAGUGGACAGCACAAUAGACAGCACAGUAGACAGGACAGUAGACAGCACAGUAGAAAGCACAGUAGACAGCACAUUAGAAAGGACAGUAGACAGCACAGUAGACAGCACUGUAGACAGGACAGUAUACAACACAGUAUACAACACAGUAGACAGCACAGUAGACAGCACAGUAGACAGGACAGUAGACAGCACAGUGGACAGGACAGUAGACAGCACAGUAGACAGGACAGUAGACAGCACAGUAGACGGGACAGUAAACAGGACAGUAGACAGGACAGUAGACAGAACAGUGGACAGCACAAUAGACAGCACAGUAGACAGGACAGUAGACAGCACAGUAGACAGUACAGUAGACAGGACAGUAAACAGGACAGUAGACAGGACAGUAGACAGCAGAGUAGACAGGACAGUAGACAGCACAGUAGACAGCACAGUAGACAGCACAGUGGACAGGACAUUAGACAGCACAGUAGACAGGACAGUAGACAGCACAGUAGACAGCACAGUAGACAUGACAGUAAACAGGACAGUAGACAGGACAGUAGACAGCACAGUAGACAGCAAAGUGGACAGCACAAUAGACAGCACAGUAGACAAGACAGUAGACAGCACAGUAAACAGCACAGUAGACAGCACAUUAGAAAGGACAGUAGACAGCACAUUAGAAAGGACAGUAGACAGCACAGUAGACAGCACUGUAGACAGGACAGUAUACAACACAGUAUACAAAACAGUAUACAGCACAGUAGACAGCACAGUAGACAGGACAGUAGACAGCACAGUGGACAGGACAGUAGACAGCAUAGUAGACAGGACAGUAGACAGCACAGUAGACAGCACAGUAAACAGGACAGUAGACAGAACAGUAGAUAGCACAGUAGACAGAACAGUGGACAGCAAAAUAGACAGCACAGUAGACAGGACAGUAGACAGCACAGUAGACAGUACAGUAGACAGGACAGUAAACAGGACAGUAGACAGCACAGUGGACAGGACAGUAUACAGCACAGUAUACAACACAGUAGACAGCACAGUAGACAACACAGUAGACAGGACAGUAGACAGCACAGUGGACAGGACAGUAGACAGCACAGUAGACAGCACAGUAGAUAGCACAGUAGACAGCACAGUAGACAGGACAGUAAAUAGGUCAGUAGACAGGACAGUAGAUAGCAGAGUAGACAGAACAGUGGACAGCACAAUAGACAGCACAGUAGACAGGACAGUAGACAGUACAGUAGACAGGACAGUAAACAGGACAGUAGACAGCACAGUGGACAGGACAGUAGACAGCACAAUAGACAGCACAGUGAACAGGACAUUAGACAGCACAGUAGACAGGACAGUAGACAGCACAGUAGACAGCACAGUAGACAGGACAGUAAACAAGACAGUAGACAGCAAAGUGGACAGCACAAUAGACAGCACAGUAGACAGGACAGUAGACAGCACAGUAGACAGCACAUUAGAAAGGACAGUAGACAGCACAUUAGAAAGGACAGUAGACAGCACAGUAGACAGCACUGUAGACAGCACAAUAGACAGCACAGUAGACAGGACAGUAGACAGCACAGUAUACAGUACAGUAGACAGGACAGUAAACAGGACAGUAGACAGCACAGUGGACAGGACAGUAGACAGCACAGUAGACAGGACAGUAGACAGCACAGUAGACAGGACAGUAGACAGCACAGUAGACAGCACAGUAGACAUGACAGUAAACAGGACAGUAGACAGGACAGUAGACAGCACAGUAGACAGCAAAGUGGACAGCACAAUAGACAGCACAGUAGACAAGACAGUAGACAGCACAGUAAACAGCACAGUAGACAGCACAUUAGAAAGGACAGUAGACAGCACAUUAGAAAGGACAGUAGACAGCACAGUAGACAGCACUGUAGACAGGACAGUAUACAACACAGUAUACAAAACAGUAUACAGCACAGUAGACAGCACAGUAGACAGGACAGUAGACAGCACAGUGGACAGGACAGUAGACAGCAUAGUAGACAGGACAGUAGACAGCACAGUAGACAGCACAGUAAACAGGACAGUAGACAGAACAGUAGAUAGCACAGUAGACAGAACAGUGGACAGCAAAAUAGACAGCACAGUAGACAGGACAGUAGACAGCACAGUAGACAGUACAGUAGACAGGACAGUAAACAGGACAGUAGACAGCACAGUGGACAGGACAGUAUACAGCACAGUAUACAACACAGUAGACAGCACAGUAGACAACACAGUAGACAGGACAGUAGACAGCACAGUGGACAGGACAGUAGACAGCACAGUAGACAGCACAGUAGAUAGCACAGUAGACAGCACAGUAGACAGGACAGUAAAUAGGUCAGUAGACAGGACAGUAGAUAGCAGAGUAGACAGAACAGUGGACAGCACAAUAGACAGCACAGUAGACAGGACAGUAGACAGUACAGUAGACAGGACAGUAAACAGGACAGUAGACAGCACAGUGGACAGGACAGUAGACAGCACAAUAGACAGCACAGUGAACAGGACAUUAGACAGCACAGUAGACAGGACAGUAGACAGCACAGUAGACAGCACAGUAGACAGGACAGUAAACAAGACAGUAGACAGCAAAGUGGACAGCACAAUAGACAGCACAGUAGACAGGACAGUAGACAGCACAGUAGACAGCACAUUAGAAAGGACAGUAGACAGCACAUUAGAAAGGACAGUAGACAGCACAGUAGACAGCACUGUAGACAGCACAAUAGACAGCACAGUAGACAGGACAGUAGACAGCACAGUAUACAGUACAGUAGACAGGACAGUAAACAGGACAGUAGACAGCACAGUGGACAGGACAGUAGACAGCACAGUAGACAGGACAGUAGACAGCACAGUAGACAGGACAGUAGACAGCACAGUAGACAGCACAGUAGAAAGGACAGUGGACAGGACAUUAGACAGCACAGUAGACAGGACAGUAGACAGCACAGUAGACAGCACAGUAGACAUGACAGUAAACAGGACAGUUGACAGGACAGUAGACAGCACAGUAGACAGCAAAGUGGACAGCACAAUAGACAGCACAGUAGACAAGACAGUAGACAGCACAGUAGACAGCACAGUAGACAGCACAUUAGAAAGGACAGUAGACAGCACAUUAGAAAGGACAGUAGACAGCACAGUAGACAGCACUGUAGACAGGACAGUAUACAACACAGUAUACAACACAGUAGACAGCACAGUAGACAGCACAGUAGACAGGACAGUAGACAGCACAGUGGACAGGACAGUAGACAGCAUAGUAGACAGGACAGUAGACAGCACAGUAGACAGCACAGUAAACAGGACAGUAGACAGAACAGUAGAUAGCACAGUAGACAGAACAGUGGACAGCAAAAUAGACAGCACAGUAGACAGGACAGUAGACAGCACAGUAGACAGUACAGUAGACAGGACAGUAAACAGGACAGUAGACAGCACAGUGGACAGGACAGUAGACAGCACAGUAUACAACACAGUAGACAGCACAGUAGACAACACAGUAGACAGGACAGUAGACAGCACAGUGGACAGGACAGUAGACAGCACAGUACAGCACAGUAGACAGCACAGUAGACAGCACAGUAGACAGGACAGUAAACAGGUCAGUAGACAGGACAGUAGAUAGCAGAGUAGACAGAACAGUGGACAGCACAAUAGACAGCACAGUAGACAGGACAGUAGACAGUACAGUAGACAGGACAGUAAACAGGACAGUAGACAGCACAGUGGACAGGACAGUAGACAGCACAGUAGACAGCACAGUGGACAGGACAUUAGACAGCACAGUAGACAGGACAGUAGACAGCACAGUAGACAGCACAGUAGACAGGACAGUAAACAAGACAGUAGACAGCAAAGUGGACAGCACAAUAGACAGCACAGUAGACAGGACAGUAGACAGCACAGUAGACAGCACAUUAGAAAGGACAGUAGACAGCACAUUAGAAAGGACAGUAGACAGCACAGUAGACAGCACUGUAGACAGCACAAUAGACAGCACAGUAGACAGGACAGUAGACAGCACAGUAUACAGUACAGUAGACAGGACAGUAAACAGGACAGUAGACAGCACAGUGGACAGGACAGUAGACAGCACAGUAGACAGCACAGUAGACAGCACAGUAGACAGGACAGUAGACAGCACAGUAGACAGCACAGUAGAAAGGACAGUAGACAGCACAGUAGACAGCACAGUAGACAGGACAGUAGACAGGACAGUAGACAGCACAGUGGACAGGACAGUAGACAGCACAGUAGACAGGACAGUAGACAGCACAGUAGACAGGACAGUAGAAAGUACAGUAGACAGCACAGUAGACAGCACAGUAGACAACACAGUAUACAACACAAUAUACAACACAGUAGACAGCACAGUAGACAGGACAGUAGACAGGACAGUUUAACUGUUUGCUGUGCACAGUAGACAGCACAGUAGACACCACAGUGGACAGCACAAUAGACAGCACAGUAGACAUGACAGUAGACAGCACAGUAGACAGCACAGUAGACAGCACUCUGGACAGGACAUUAGACAGCACAGUAGACAGGACAGUAGACAGCACAGUAGACAGCACAGUAGACAGGACAGUAAACAGGACAGUAGAAAGGACAGUAGACAGCACAGUAGACAGCAAAGUGGACAGCACAAUAGACAGCACAGUAGACAGGACAGUAGACAGCACAGUAGACAGCACAGUAGACAGCACAGUAGACAGCACAUUAGAAAGGACAGUAGACAGCACAGUAGAAAGGACAGUAGACAGCACAGUAGACAGCACUGUAGACAGGACAGUAUACAACACAGUAUACAACACAGUAGACAGCACAGUAGACAGCACAGUAGACAGGACAGUAGACAGCACAGUGGACAGGACGGUAGACAGCACAGUAGACAGGACAGUAGACAGCACAGUAGACAGAACAGUGGACAGCACAAUAGACAGCACAGUAGACAGGACAGUAGACAGCACAGUAGACAGUACAGUAGACAGGACAGUAAACAGAACAGUAGACAGCACAGUGGACAGGACAGUAGACAGGACAGUAGACAGCACAGUAGACAUCACAGUAGACAGGACAGUAGACAGCACAGUAGACAGGACAGUAGACAGCACAGUAGACAGCACAGUAGAAAGGACAGUAGACAGCACAGUAGACAGCACAGUAGACAGGACAGUAGACAGGACAUUAGACAGCACAGUGGACAGAACAGUAGACAGCACAGUAGACAGGACAGUAGACAGCACAGUAGACAGGACAGUAGACAGCACAGUAGAAAGGACAGUAGACAGCACAGUAGACAGCACAGUAGACAGGACAGUAGACAGCACAGUGGACAGCACAAUAGACAGCACAGUAGACAGGACAGUAUACAUUACAGUAGACAACACAGUAGACAGGACAGUACACAGCACAGUAGACAGUACAGUAGACAUGACAGUAAACAGGACAGUAGACAGCACAGUGGACAGGACAGUAGACAGCACAGUAGACAGGACAGUAGACAGCACAGUAGACAGGACAGUAGACAGCACAGUAGACAGGACAGUAGACAGCACAGUAGACAGCACAGUAGAAAGGACAGUAGACAGCACAGUAGACAGCACAGUAGACAGGACAGUAGACAGGACAGUAGACAGCACAGUGGACAGAACAGUAGACAGCACAGUAGACAGGACAGUAGACAGCACAGUAGACAGGACAGUAGACAGCACAGUAGACAGCACAGUAGAAAGGACAGUAGACAGCACAGUAGACAGCACAGUAGACAGGACAGUAGACAGCACAGUGGACAGCACAAUAGACAGCACAGUAGACAGGACAGUAUACAUUACAGUAGAUAACACAGUAGACAGGAGAGUAGACAGCACAGUAGACAGCACAGUAGAAAGGACAGUAGACAGCACAGUAGACAGCACAGUAGACAGGACAGUAGACAGCACAGUGGACAGCACAAUAGACAGCACAGUAGACAGGACAGUAUACAUUACAGUAGAUAACACAGUAGACAGGAGAGUAGACAGCACAGUAGACAGCACAGUAGAAAGGACAGUAGACAGCACAGUAGACAGCACAUUAGACAGGACAGUAGACAGGACAGUAGACAGCACAGUGGACAGCACAGUAGACAGGACAGUAGACAGGACAGAAGACAGCACAGUAGACAGGACAGUAGACAGGACAGAAGACAGCACAGUAGACAGCACAGUAGACAGCACAGUAGAAAGGACAGUAGACAGCACAGUAGACAGCACAGUAGACAACACAGUAUACAACACAAUAUACAACACAGUAGACAUCACAGUAGACAGGACAGUAGACAGGACAGUAGACAGCACAGUGGACAGGACAGUAGACAGCACAGUAGACAGCACAGUAGACAGGACAGUAGACAGCACAGUAGACAGCACAGUAGACAGCACAGUAGAAAGGACAGUAGACAGCACAGUAGACAGCACAGUAGACAGGACAGUAGACAGGACAGUAGACAGCACAGUAGACAGGACAGUAGACAGGACAGUAGACAGCACAGUGGACAGGACAGUAGACAGCACAGUAGACAGCACAGUAGACAGGGCAGUAGACAGCACAGUAGACAGCACAGUAGACCGCACAGUAGACAGGACAGUAGACAGCACAGUAGACAGAACAGUGGACAGCACAAUAGACAGCACAGUAGACAGGACAGUAGAUAGCACAGUAGACAGUACAGUAGACAGGACAGUAAACAGAACAGUAGACAGCACAGUGGACAGGACAGUAGACAGGACAGUAGACAGCACAGUAGACAGCACAGUAGACAGGACAGUAGACAGCACAGUAGACAGGACAGUAGACAGCACAGUAGACAGCACAGUAGAAAGGACAGUAGACAGCACUGUGGGACAGUAGACAGGACAUUAGACAGCACAGUGGACAGAACAGUAGACAGCACAGUAGACAGGACCGUAGACAGCACAGUAGACAGGACAGUAGACAGCACAGUAGAAAGGACAGUAGACAGCACAGUAGACAGCACAGUAGACAGGACAGUAGACAGCACAGUGGACAGCACAAUAGACAGCACAGUAGACAGGACAGUAUACAUUACAGUAGACAACACAGUAGACAGGACAGUAGACAGUACAGUAGACAGGACAGUAAACAGGACAGUAGACAGCACAGUAGACAGCACAGUGGACAGGACAGUAGACAGCACAGUAGACAGGACAGUAGACAGCACAGUAGACAGCACAGUAGACAGGACAGUAGACAGGACAGUAGACAGCACAGUAGACAGCACAGUAGAAAGGACAGUAGACAGCACAGUAGACAGCACAGUAGACAGGACAGUAGACAGGACAUUAGACAGCACAGUGGACAGAACAGUAGACAGCACAGUAGACAGGACAGUAGACAGCACAGUAGACAGGACAGUAGACAGCACAGUAGACAGCACAGUAGAAAGGACAGUAGACAGCACAGUAGACAGCACAGUAGACAGGACAGUAGACAGCACAGUGGACAGCACAAUAGACAGCACAGUAGACAGGACAGUAUACAUUACAGUAGAUAACACAGUAGACAGGACAGUAGACAGCACAGUAGACAGCACAGUAGAAAGGACAGUAGACAGCACAGUAGACAGCACAUUAGACAGGACAGUAGACAGGACAGUAGACAGCACAGUGGACAGCACAGUAGACAACACAGUAAACAGGACAGUAGACAGUACAGUGGACAGCACAAUAGACAGCACAGUAGACAAGACAGUAGACAGCACAGUUGACAGCACAGUAGACAGGACAGUAGACAGGACAGAAGACAGCACAGUAGACAGGACAGUAGACAGGACAGAAGACAGCACAGUAGACAGCACAGUAGACAGCACAGUAGAAAGGACAGUAGACAGCACAGUAGACAGCACAGUAGACAACACAGUAUACAACACAAUAUACAACACAGUAGACAGCACAGUAGACAGGACAGUAGACAGGACAGUAGACAGCACAGUGGACAGGACAGUAGACAGCACAGUAGACAGCACAGUAGACAGGACAGUAGACAGCACAGUAGACAGCACAGUAGACAGCACAGUAGAAAGGACAGUAGACAGCACAGUAGACAGCACAGUAGACAGGACAGUAGACAGGACAGUAGACAGGACAGUAGACAGGACAGUAGACAGCACAGUGUACAGGACAGUAGACAGCACAGUAGACAGCACAGUAGACAGGGCAGUAGACAGCACAGUAGACAGCACAGUAGACCGCACAGUAGACAGGACAGUAGACAGCACAGUGGACAGCACAGUAGACAGGACAGUAAACAGGACAGUAGACAGUACAGUGGACAGCACAAUAGACAGCACAGUAGACAAGACAGUAGACAGCACAGUGGACAGCACAGUAGACAGGACAGUAGACAGGACAGAAGACAGCACAGUAGACUGGACAGUAGACAGGACAGAAGACAGCACAGUAGACAGCACAGUAGACUGCACAGUAGAAAGGACAGUAGACAGCACAGUAGACAGCACAGUAGACAACACAGUAUACAACACAAUAUACAACACAGUAGACAGCACAGUAGACAGGACAGUAGACAGCACAGUGGACAGGACAGUAGACAGCACAGUAGACAGCACAGUAGACAGGACAGUAGACAGCACAGUAGACAGCACAGUAGACAGCACAGUAGAAAGGACAGUAGACAGCACAGUAGACAGCACAGUAGACAGGACAGUAGACAGGACAGUAGACAGCACAGUAGACAGGACAGUAGACAGCACAGUGGACAGGACAGUAGACAGCACAGUAGACAGCACAGUAGACAGGGCAGUAGACAGCACAGUAGACAGCACAGUAGACCGCACAGUAGACAGGACAGUAGACAGUACAGUAGACAGUACAGUAUACAACACAGUAGAC